AUGGAGUAUAUGUCAUCAUUACAGAACAAUUUUGAUGACUUUAAACCAUCUUUAUUUGAACUCCUAUCUGAACAACAGCUCUCGUCCCUUCUCCCCCCUUCACUCCGUUACCUCCUUGCGGUAGCUACUCACAGACAUCCCCGCUAUCUUCUUCGGGUACUAAACUCCUACGAUGAACUAUACGCCCUAGUGUCGCUUCUUGUCGAAGGGUAUUACCUGCGAAACUUCGGUGGCUCGUUUACGGAGAACUUCUACUCUUUAAAACGGGAGCGCGUUCUAGCAUUGAGAGAUGGAGAGGUACCCCGAGCUCAACUUGGAGCAGGAGGGCCUGUUCGAGAGACACUAAAAUUGCGCGACUCGGAUAUAUGGCGAAAUCUGGUGGUUAUGGUCGGCAUUCCGUAUUUGAAACGCAAACUUGACGAGGGAUAUGAUAUCCAUGCUGCUCCGCAUGCAGCCCUUGUCUCAGGAAUGGGUGGAGGUCCUCGAUACCAUCCAUCAGAUGAGCUGCCUCAUAACCCAACAGUGAAGCAACGAUUAUUAUUCUAUUACAAAUGGUUUUUGCGGAACGUUUACCCUUCGAUAAAUGGGGCCUACUACUUUUCAAUACUGGCUUUCAAUUUAGCCUACCUUUUUGAUAACACCAAGUAUUCGUCUCCAUUCUUAUGGCUGAUAGGAACGAGAAUCAGGCGAUUGAGUCCAGCAGAUCACAAAGCGAUUGCAAUGGCAACGGCAGCCAACACACCCCAUACAGGCGCGUCGAGAUCACGAUCACGGCCGAGUGCUUUAAGCCUUUUAAAUCCCCAAGCCAUAUACCCUCAUUUACUAGGGUCCCUUAAAAUUCUCUUGCCAGCGUCAAUUUUCGCUCUAAAAUUCCUCGAAUGGUGGCAUGCAAGCGACUUUUCGAGGCAACUUGCCAAACAAGCUACUCAGUCCAUUGAACUUCCCGCUCCAGUGGUAACUGGAAUACCGUCAAAAUCCACUGCAACAGAUGUUAAAAGUGAGCAGUCGACAUUGGCAGAGGCAGAUAGACCGAAACAGUGUCGUACAAAGUCUCCAAUAUCAUCUAUAACUCUACUGCCAAUUUUUACUGUCCCUAUACCCCCGGUUGAUCCGGACACCUCUCAGACGCCAUGCCCAAUAUGUCUUAAUGCACUUGUUAAUCCUACUGCUUGUCAGACCGGAUAUGUUUACUGCUAUACCUGUAUAUUCAGAUGGCUGAAUGGUGAACAUGACCGCCAAAUCGACUUUAUGAACGGAGCCGGUAAUGGUGCUGCGUGGGAAGACGAUGAUAAAGAUGACGAAAAUGAAAAGGGUGGGAAGGAUUCAGCCAGUAGGGAAGGGAGAUGGGAAAAUGGGAAAGGGCGAUGUCCAAUUACCGGCCGAAGAGUUCUAGGAGGAACAGAUGGACUGAGGAGGGUUCUUGUAUAA